AUGAUUCUUUCGUUGUUUUUGCUCAGUUUAUUUGCUCAACUUUCCCUUGAAGCUGGCGUCUUCUCGCCAGUAUGGAUCGGACCUAAAUUUCGUGAAGAGUCCUUCGUAUCGUUGGAGAUGAACGAGCAACUCGAAGAAAUGUGUGGUCGUCAACCAUUUUAUGACAAGCGAGAGUACCCUUGGGCGGUAUCAAUAAUGUUAAAGAAUGGUCUGAAUCGUCUUGGCGGUUCCAUUAUUUCACCAUAUCACAUUCUUACUGUUGCUCAUGGAUUUAUGAGGUUUCAUUCCGGAAAAGAAGCACCUUGUUUGUGA